UAUCUGCUACAUUUUCCAACAUCAAGCUUCACUUUCCAGCUUCAAAGUAUUUCGAUGUUUAACUCUCCGAUCUUGGAAUCUACAAGUCCGGUUUACCAAAACUACAAAACCACUCAAUUGGAGCUAAUUCCAAAGCCCAUCAAUCUCACCAAGAAACUCGAUGGCACUUAUGGAGCUGGACAAGAUGAUGUCCUUGUUAAGAUCCACUAUGCCAGUUUCAAUCCCAUUGACAUACUUUUAAAAGGUAUUGUCAGUCCAUGGGUAAACUAUUUACGUGGAAACUUUGGACUUUGUAACGACUAUUCUGGAGUUGUAGUGGAUAUUGGUGAUAAAGCUGCUGAGAAAUUGGGCUUGCGAAUUGGUGACGAGGUCUGUGGACAAACAUCACAAACAGCAUACACCAACACUUUGACUGAGUAUGUGAUGUUCGAAGGAAGUCACUACCCCAAGGGCUGGGGGAUGUUGAAGAAACCAGAGAAUUUAACGAUGGCUGAGGCCGGUUCCUUUGGAAUGGUUUACUCAACUGCUGUUUUGUUGAAGAAAACAGCAGUAUUCAAUGAAAGCACUAAAGUAUUGGUGAACGGGGCGUCAACCUCUGUUGGAAAGUACCUUAUAAGUCUUUUAAAGUUAGACCCCCGAGCCACUGAGGUGGUUGCAAUUUGUUCGGGACGGUCUGCACCUUUAAUAAAGGAGUUGGGUGCUCACAAGAUUAUCGACUAUACCCAAACCAACUCAAUUGUGAAUGAAGUCUUGGAUGAGUGUAAGGACCGUUUGUUUGAUGUUUAUUUUGACUGUCGUGGUAACGACAAGCUUUUAUAUCACGUAACUUUUUUUCUUAAAGAAGAUGGUGUGUAUGCCAGUUGUGGUGGAGGUAAAAAGUUGGAUUUGGCCAAUGCUAGUUUAAUGGGAAUGUUUACGUUUCCGUUUUUGAAAAAGGUCUUGCUUUCUGCAGUAGGGCUUCUUAAAAUUAAGAUUGUCUAUUGCGUGGUGAAACCGGGCCUUGGGUACGAAGAUGUCAAAGAGUACUUUGAGCUGGGGAAGAUAAAACCUCAUAUCGACACUGUGUUUAGUUUUGACGAUUACCAGAAGGCAUACGAGUACUUAGUUGAAGG